AUGUGCAUUACCUUGGAUUUCAAAGAAGAAGUGAUAGAUAGAGAGUACGUAGAACAAGAUGAAUCAUCCCAAGACCAGAUCAGAAAAGGUAUUAUACACAUCAAGCAAGAAAUUUUAGAGGGGGAUGAUAUUGAUACAACUCUGCAAAAAGAUGAAUACAAACAACCCGAUUCUUUUGACACAGAGAAUAAACAAAAGAUACCAAUUGACCAUGCAUCAGCAGACGAUAAACCAAUCCUAUCAAUUGUCAAAGAAGAACCCAUAGGACCUGAUGAUAACCUUCCUCCAAACUCUGAUCAACCCAUGCCAUACUGGAACAAUCCAUUGAGAUUUGCUGCCAUCGCUCAAUUUGCUACACUCAUUGGUAAACAGAGGACUGAAGAAGAGGUAUCCUGCUGCUCCACUUGCAGGAAGGGCUUCCCCUCUAAAGGUUCCCUCUUUGAACACCUAAGACUUCACACCAAUGAGAUUGAGCAUGACUACGUUGUAGAUAAGGGGAAGUUCUACCAUAGGGCUGUUACCAAGAAACAUCCACAUAAAGGCAAAGGGAAGAAGCCAUCAUGUUCUACUCUGAGUUCCAAGAGUAAGAAAGUGUUGACUGCUACUUUCUUUCCACAGAGUCAUGGAAAAAAUAGAGCAGUUACUGCAGAACGUCUUUCCUCGAAAACCAAGGGUGAGAAAGGUUCAAGUUCUACAAAAGGAAAUAACUGUCAACGUUAUAGAUGUCAUAUAUGUAGGGAGCUCUUCACUUGUAUGUUCGGCCUUCGUCAACAUUUGAAAAAGCAUGAUCCGCCCAAAGUACCGAAGCGAAAGAGCCCUGCAAAGACUGAAAUGAGUCUCAAAUGCCCAAAGUGCACCAGUUCAUUUAUGAGUAAGAGUAGUUUGCUGCAGCAUGUGGCCGUCAUUCAUGCUGGGACCAAGUAUCAUAAAUGUUCUCAAUGCGAAGACGGAUUCUGGAAAGAAAAUCAGUUGCUGGAACAUAUAAAUGAUAGUCACAAUAAGGAGUGGCAGUGUAGUACAUGUGAUAAGACAUACGAAUCGCAAAUUGCAUUCAAUAUCCAUAUCAGAACCCAUGCUAAAGUGAAGCAGUAUGAUUGUCUUGUUUGCUAUCGAGCAUUCAUUCACAAACAUUCUCUUGAUAAACACAUGAAAACGCACCAAAAGCUUAAAUGCGCCGAAUGUGGGAAGGAAUUUCUCUUCCAGCAGAACCUGGUGAACCAUAUGCGAACACAUACUGGAGAAAAGCCAUUCAAGUGUUCGGAAUGUCAAAAGAAUUUCAUGUUUGAAACCAGCCUCAAGAAUCACAUGAAAAGGCACGCCACUCCUCACCGCUCUCCUAAAUCUUUCAAGUGUACGGUAUGUCAGAAGGAAUUCAUGUACGAAAACAAUCUAACAAAACACAUGCAAAAGCACGCUCCCCUUCACGGCUGUCCUAAAUGCGAGAAAAGCUUCUAUUUCAAGGACAACCUCACAAAGCAUCUCCGAAAACACUCUACCCCGGAGCCAUUCCACUGUUCUUCUUGUAAAAUGUUGUUCAAAACAAAGUCAGCGCUGAAGAUCCAUAGGACAACUGAACACCCCACGGAAGGCUCUCUUCAGUGCAGCAAGUGUAAGAAGUCAUUCAGAUACAAAAAAAGUUACAAUAAGCACAUGAAAUCACACAGAGAUAAAAACCCAUAUACAUGCGCCAUAUGCAAGUAUAUAUUCCCAUCUACACAUUCCCUUGCCAUCCAUGUAAGAAAACACAAAGGCAAAGCAAUGGUGCAUAAAUGCAGGUAUUGUGAAAUGACAUUCAAAUUCAGGUCGUUCCUUACUAAGCAUAUCAUUAGUAAACACGAUGGGAUUAAUCUCCAUAAAUGCUCUCAAUGUCACAUGAGGUAUUUAACACAAACAGAGCUAUUCAGACAUGAAAAGAAGCACAGCACAGGAGAAAAUACUAUUUCUGUUUAACUGUGACCAGAUUCAACUUGGCUUACAGGCCAAGUGCACCUGGGCCCCGCCUUACAAAGAGUUACGAUUGAUUUGAUCAAUCGUAACUAUAUGGAAAUCCAUCAGUGUCAUAAUUUUUUCUAGAGGAAAUUUGCAAAAAAAAUUGUAAACAAAGGAGAACACACCAAAUUGUCAAGGAAUCAAUGAAUUUAUUGAUAUACAUUCAUAUCUAGAAAUUUUUUAAAACAAACACGCAUUUUAUAAUGUUGAGUUUACUGGCUUUCCAUAGUUGCGAUUGAUCGCAUCAAUCGCAACUCUUUGUAAGACGGGCCCCAACAAGAAGUUGAUUUGAAAUCUAACGAUCAUAACACUGAAAAUGUCAUUUAUGGUUGAUAUAUAAAGAUAAUGUUCCAAAGAAAUAUUGUAAAUUUUGCUACAAAAAUGGAAAUUGUGUUCAGAAUGAAAUUUUUUUUUGUCUGUUCCAAGUGUGACCAUCUCAAACUCGGCUUAUUAAUCAUCGUAGUAAAAGGCCAAGUACACCUGGGGCCCGUUGCAGAAAGAGUUGCGAUCAAACGCAACUCAAAAAAUCUUGGCAACUUGAUUUUGUGCUUGAUAUUUUGAGGUGUACAUGCUACUCUCUCUGCAACAGGCCCCAGAACAAGAAGUUGAUUUGAAUAGAUGAAUGUUAAGAAAAUCUAAAAUAACAUUGAAAAUUUCAUUAAUAUUUGAUAUCAGAUAAGAAUAUGAUUUUUUUAUGUUCCAAAGAAAUAUUCUAAAUUUGGCUACAAAUUUCUUAAAGAUUGGUUUAAUAAAGCAGACUCUUUUAUUUAAACAUUCUACCCAUAGAGCAAGAUGUUUUAUAAUGUAUUUUUAUAAGCAGACUCUUUUAUUUAAACCUUCUACCCACAGAGCAAGAUGUUUUAUAAUGUAUUUUUAUAAUGGAAUUUGUUUAUUUUGUUGUAGAAAACCUUUGGUAAACUUAACCAUUGACAUGAUAGAGAUUCCUUGUACUAAUUACAUUGCUAACAAAUGUUUCGUUAUUCAUUGGAAUGCUUUGUGGUACCUGUAUAUUUCAUAUUCAUAAAUUUAACAUAUAAUAGUUUUUCAUAUUAGCAUUAAUAACAGUAUUGAAGUUUGUGAAGAUCUUGGCAAUUCCCUUCAAUCCAUUGUGACUUCUAAGGCAUCAUUUGAAAAUUCUACAGAUCUUAUCAUGGCAUCUUUCCAGCUAAUUCUUUCCUUCUUUUCAGUGACUCCCUGAGGAGCAUUUCAUGAGGAAUCUAUCUUGAUUUGUCCAAUAUUAUGUAUAACUAUAUAGGCCUAAUAAAUGACAGGAAUUGUGAUUUAUUGCCUUGCUUGGCUACCCUAAAUUUAAAAAAUGUCUUGUGUUUCAGAAAGACUGUAAGAGCAGAUGCACAAAUUCUAUAUUACAAGAUAUUUAUCAGUCAAUUACAUUGAGUGAUUUCAGUAUUUCAGGAAAUUGGUAUUGCAAACUUGUUAUCAUAACAACUUCUAUGACACGAUCCCUUAGUCUAGAAUUAUAUCAUUUGAUUUGGAUAUGUGGUAUUAUUUUGUGUAAAAUAUGAAAUCGUAUCCUGUACAAGGAAGUUUUUAUGUGCAAGUUUUACUGAGCUCCGAAAAUGGGAAGUUCAUCAUGAAAAUAAUCUUGAAUUUUUUAUUUUGUUUUAGAGAAGCAGAAAGAAAAAUGCAUAACAAGCUGUAGAAAUCUAAUUUCAUUGUAGUCAAACACCAAGUGUAAAUUUACCACUUGCUUUGCAUUCAUUCUAAAUAUAAGAUGCAUUGUAGCAUGAAAUAUACCUUCAAAGCUUGACAUUAAAAAUGCUUAUUAAAAUUGCUAUUGUUACCUGUACUUAUAAAUAGAGACAACUGCUUGGAAAAAACUCACAAUACUUUGUCUAGUAUGAAUAAUUGUUCCUGACUAGAUUUUCACUUGAGGUUAUUUUACAUUGAUUCCAUAUUAAUAAUAUUUGUAUCAUUUAAAUUUCCAUUAUUUUUUUAUGCAUCAUGUAUUUGUUGAUUCAAUCCAACCCCAAUCAUACUAGUUUUCACAAUUAAGUCUCUCAUAAAAAAAACUUGUAUGUUGUUUGAAUUCUAUGAAUGGAAAAUAGAUUAUAUACU